GUCAGCGGUUGUGGAGGCGCCGUCAUGGUCGACGUCUUAAAAGACCGCCGGUCCGUGUCUUGCUGCACGCGACCCGCGCCGACUUCCAACGCAGCCCUCGAUCCUUUCUUGGCUAUCUGCCCGGCGACGAAAUCUCUGUUGGUAGUCAAACCACGGCUUCUCCUCCUUCCCUCUCCACAGCAACCCCCCCUUCUCUACGUCAAUCGAGGAGCCCGACUCUUUCCUCUCCACUCGCCGUUCUUCCCCUUGCCCUCAUUCCGCAAUGGCCUCUCUCUUUAGAGCUGGUCGCCAGGCGGAGGAGCGGGGGUCUGGCGGGAAGAUCCUCCGCGUCCGUCGACGAUCACCCCCGCGGUCCGCCCCCUACGCGCGCCCUCCCCCUCCUCCUCCCCCCGCUUCCACGGGCAGCCCGAGGUGGCUCCUCGGCCUCAUCUCUGGCGCUGGCAAGUUCAUCUCCUCCGUGUUUCGCUCCGAUGGCAGCUCACCCUCCUCCUCCUCUUCUUCAGAUCACUCCUCGUAUGAAGACUGCAGUCCACGAUUCAAUGAACCGGAGGAUAUUGAUAUGCCUAAAGAACUUCAUGGAUUGAAUCAAGACCUGAAGAAACCAGAGUUGAUUACUGACUACACGGAAGGAUCUUGUGCAGUUGUCGGAACAAGUAAAACCAAACUUGCCAUUGAGAAGUUGCUUAGGCAGGAGACUUUCUCGAGGUAUGAAUGCGACAGACUGACAAAGUUGAUAAAAUCGCAAGUUAUCGAAUCCCCGUCAGAACUUGUUCAGGAAGGUGCUGAAAGAGGCAGCAAAGACAUGGACUCUUUGGGAGAUUGGCGAUCUUUGAAGCAGUAUAUGGAAUUACCUGAAUCAUUUCAUUGCUCUCCUGUUCUGAGUUCUCUUUCCCCUAGGACUCCCGCUUUUAGAAAGUGCACACCUGAUAUCCACAGUGCAGCAGUUAUGGAGGCCAAGAAAUGGUUAGAUGAUAAAAAACUGUUACCAAGCACCAAAGUUGAUCCUGUGUGUGGACCUUGCACUUCAGACACUGAUAUGCUUCCUUAUGAUGUCCAUGAUAAAGUUGUCUCGCCAGUGGAUUUGGCUAAAAUGUACAUGAGAUCCCUUCCUUUUUGGCAAUCUCCAUGUUCUGUUAGUAGUGGCCUCAAGAUGCCAGUUCCUAGCAAGGUUGAUUUUGGCCCGGAUGACAUCCCCCACACAACAGCCAGCCAUUCUUUGCCCCCAUUCAAGGAUUUUAAGAGGAAGUAUUGCUCUACCAGAUUGUGGGGAAGUCCGAAUGACAACCGUAGAGUCCGUCUGAAACUGACAGAAAAGAUGCUGGAGAGUCAAGGGCCCAGACAUAUUGAUUUGCUGAAAAAUAUAUAUCAAAAUGAAACUUCAAAGUUCACAUCAGCAGUAGAUGCGGGAAGUCGAGAUGUUUUAGGAGCGAAAAAUUUUUCGUGUACGUUUCAAGCUGCGGAAAUUUCCAGUGCUCCUGCUAAGUCAUCUGUGGAUUUGCUUGUUGAAUAUCAAUGUUCAGAGGAUGCUCCCCAAUUACCCGAUGGAAAAACUGUCAAAUCAAGCCAUCAAACAUCAACAGACAAUUCCCCUUCCGUGAUCAUAGCUUCAGAGCCUGAAGAGGCAGUUGAAGCUGUAGAAUCAACCAAGGAAACUGCAUGUCCAACUAUCAGUCCUUCAGAUCGCAGUGAAACCAAGAUAGAGGGUGAACCAAGUUUACCUUUUGCUUUCAAUGAAGAUAAGGUAAUCAGCGUUUGCAUUGCUUAUUCUACUAAGGAUGUCAUAGAGGCUUCGCAGACCAAAGAGCUAGAAGACAUUGUUGACAGUGACGUUGCUCGUGAAUCUCUUAUUUCAGCUUCCACACCAAUGGAGUAUGGUGGAGCCCUGAUGCCUGAAAAAGUAGAGGUACAAGAGGGCAUCAAUUCCACAACAUUGGGUUAUGCUGAUGAUAUCGCCAAUCUUGACAAUAAUGUUCAAACUUGCAUCACAAACACAAUUCCUACAGUUUCUGGCAUUCUGGAGGCCAACAACACUGAAGAAUUGAAUCUAGAUUCAGUUACAAAGCCGCAGGAUGGAGAUAUUUAUUCAGAACAUGAGGCAAAAGGAUUGACGAAUGAAUUCUCAACCAAUGGCGGAUCUGCCGAGUUAAAUCCCGCCUCACAGUCCUUUUGUGAGGAAGUUCAAAGUUGUAUCCACCUUAGCAAUGGGGAGGAGACAACAGGCAAUUCUGAAGAAACCUGUGAGCUUCCAAGUGAAGCUGCUAUCAACAAGGAGGCUGCUCAUGAUAUGGACAGUAUCAUAGGCAAAUCUGAAAACGGUACGAGGAUGAGAUCAGUCGAGAGAGUCCUAAUUGAACGUGAGCCUGAACCUAGCAGCCAUACAACAGUAAAGGGAGGAAGAGGAAGAGGGCGAGGGCGAGGGCGAGGGCGAGGGUGGGGGCGGAGGCGGGGUCGGGGUCGGGGUCGGGGUCGGGGGCGUGGACAUGGUUCAAGUGACAACCCGCAAUAGCGGGCCCUGUCGUCGGAUGCUUUGUCACACCAAAACAACAAGUUGUUUGGCAUCCAUUCCCAGGGUAGGUGCCUGUAUCCACGUAAUGUGCUGUCAUCUCAUUUCCACUUUCAUCAGCUUAAGGCAAGAGUUAGAUCUGUCGUCGGAUCUCAUCUUUGCGUCUGUAAUAUUUUAUGGUCGAUCGCCUUCAACACCCACAAAUCACUUGAAACAUCUUGGUUUGUUACUCUUUCGGCAGCUUAAUUAUCAUACUGAAUAGUGGUCUUGGUCA